CGCCCCUCUGCAUCACGUGAUUUCGCUCAGUUCAUAUGUAAGAUGAAUCAUCUGAGGAAACUGACACUCAGUGGUAGCUAUCAUAAUGACUUCUACUCAACAUCAUCGUCAAUGGCAUCAACUACAAAGAUUGAGACUCUUGAUAAAUGGUGUAAGAAUCUAAAUGAACGCCCCUCCGCAUCACGUGGUUUUGCUCAGUUCAUCUGUAAGAUGAAUCAUCUGAAGAACCUGAAACUCAGUGGUAGCUAUCAUAAUGACUUCUACUCAACAUUAUCAUCCAUGGCAUCCACUACAAAGAUUGAGACUCUUCAUGACUGGUGUAAGAAUCUCAUUAAACGCCCCUCUGCAUCAUGUGAUUUCGCUCAGUUCAUCUGUAAGAUGAAUCAUCUGAAGAACCUCGCACUCUACGGUCGGUAUCAUGAUGACUUCUACUCAACAUCAUCGUCGAUGGCAUCUACUACAAAGAUUGAGACUCUUUGGCACAGGGAGAAUCUCAGUGAACGCCCCUCUGCAUCACGUGAUUUCGCUCAGUUCAUAUGUAAGAUGAAUCAUCUGAAGAAACUGACGCUCGAAGGUAGCUAUCAUGAUGACUUCUACUCAACAUCAUCGUCGAUGGCAUCAACUACAAAGAUUGAGACUCUUUGUCACGAUGAGGAUCUCAGUGAACGCCCCUCUGCAUCACGUGAUUUCGCUCAGUUCAUAUGUAAGAUGAAUCAUCUGAAGAAACUGACGCUCGAAGGUAGCUAUCAUGAUGACUUCUACUCAACAUUAUCGUCGAUGGCAUCAACUACAAAGAUUGAGACUCUUUGUCACGAUGAGGAUCUCAGUGAACGCCCCUCUGCAUCACGUGAUUUCGCUCAGUUCAUAUGUAAGAGGAAUCAUCUAAAGAAACUGACACUAGAAGGUAGCUAUCAUGAUGACUUCUACUCAACAUUAUCGUCGAUGGCAUCAACUACAAAGAUUGAGACUUUUCAUGACCGGUAUGAGAAUCUCAGUGAACGCCCCUCUGCAUCACGUGAUUUCGCUCAGUUCAUCCGUAAGAUGAAUCAUCUAAAGAACCUCGCACUCUACGGUCGGUAUCAUGAUGACUUCUACUCAACAUCAUCGUCGAUGGCAUCAACUACAAAGAUUGAGACUCUUUGGCACAGGGAGAAUCUCAGUGAACGCCCCUCUGCAUCACGUGAUUUCGCUCAGUUCAUAUGUAAGAUGAAUCAUCUGAAGAAACUGACACUCAGUGGUAGCUAUCAUGAUGACUUCUACUCAACAUCAUCGUCGAUGGCAUCAACUACAAAGGUCAUAUAG